AUGCUUCCACAUCCACCACAGUGGCUCCAACAACAACUACAUCUGCAGCCACAACAUCAACAGUCCACAACAACCACAGAUGCACCCACAACAACCACAGAUGCACCCACAACAACCACAGCUGCACCCACAACAACCGAAGAUGCUCCCUCAACCACCAAAGUGGCUCCAACAACAACCACAUCUGCAGCCACAACAACAGCAUUGGCUCCAACAACAACCAAUGCUUCUCCCACAACAACCACAGCUGAUACCACGACAAUCACAUCUGCUCUCACAACAUCAACAGCUGCUCCCACAACAACCCCAGCUGCUCUCACAACAACCACAGCUGCUCUCACAACAACCACAGCUGCUCUCACAACAACCACAUCUUUUCCCACAACAACCACAGCUAAUCCCACAACAGCCACAGCUGUUCCCACAACAACCACAGCUGCUAAGACAACAACCUCAGACGUUCCAUCAACAACCACAGUGGCUCCAACAACAACCACAUCUGCAACCACAACAACCACAGUGGCUCCAACAACAACCACUGCUUCUCCCAAAACAACCACAGCUUCUCUCACAACCACAGCUGCUCCGACAACAACCACAGAAUCUCACACAACAACCACAGAUGCACCCACAACAACCACAGCUACUCCCACAACAACCACAGAUGUUCCAACAACAACCACAGCUGCGCCAACAACAACCACAGAUGUUCCAACAACAACCACAGCUGCUCCGACAACAACCUCAGAAGUUCCAUCAACAAUCACAGUGGCUGCAACAACAACCACAUCUGCAACCACAACAACUACAGUGGCUCCAACAACAACCACUGCUUCUCCCACAACAACCACAGCUUCUCCCACAACAACCACAGCUUCUCCCACAACAACCACAGUUUCUCCCACAACAACCACAGCUGCUCCGACAACAACCACAGCUGCUCCGACAACAACCACAGAAUCUCCCACAACACACAGCUUCCCCCAAAACAACCACAGCAACAUUAAUGACAUCUACAACAGCAGCUACGACAAGUACAGCUGUAGAUACAACCACUACAGAUGCACCCACAACAACCACAACCAUAGCUGCUGCUACCACAAUAACAACAGCAACAGCAACAACACCCAAAACCUCGCCCACAACAAACACAGCUGCUCCCACAACAACCACAUCUGCACCAACGACAACCACAGCAUCUCCAAUAACAUCUACAGCAGAGGCUUCAACAACAGUGCCAAUAUCAACCACAGCAGCUGCCACUACACUCACAGCUUCACCAUCGACAACCACAGUUGCUGCAAAGACCACCAACACCCACCACACAACAACCAACGUUUCAGCCACAACAACCACAGCUGCUGUAACUACCACAGCUACAGCUGCACCAACGUCAACUACAGCUGCUAA